AAGGAGAAGGGGAGUGUUUGGAAGAGUUGAUAUGUCCACCAUCUUGGAAAGUCGCCGAUAGUGCUGAGCAAUUUUCCCGCCUGACUGGCUCGGGCUGCUUCCCCUCAGGAAGAAAACUGGCUUCCUGUAGCAGUUGUGAAACAUUUUAAACGUUGAUGUAGGUCCGGAUACCCUGUAAUGGGCCAGGAGUUGCAGGAGAUAACAUUUGUUUUAUUUUCUUAACAUUUUAAUCCCAUUUUUAAAGGUAAGAAUCAAUAGUUCAAUGUGACUAAUGGGAAUUUGGAGAAAAAUUGCCAUGUGAUGCUGGUGUCUGACAGCCACCUAGACUGCAACUACAUUCCUAACUCCAAACAGAAAACAAUCUAUAGCACAUGAGUGAAAAUGAUUAAAUCUUAGACACACUGUAUGACUGACCUCACCUUCAAGGGAUCCUGUUGGAAUUUGAUGGACUAAUCUAUUGCCUUCACCUGCCCUGUUGAGUGAGAACCCCCUAAUGUCAUCUUGCUUCGGAGAAAAGUUCUGACAUUUCACAGUAACAUGUUUGCAGUACCAAGUAUGUUUUGGAAGUUCGAUCUUCAUUCUUCAUCUCACAUAGACACGCUCUUGGAGAGAGAUGAGGUAACGUUAAAAGAAUUGAUGGAUGAGGAGGAUAUAUUACAAGAAUGCAAGGCUCAGAAUCGUAAGCUUGUGGAAUUUUUACUAAAGACUGAGUGCUUAGAAGAUUUGGUGACUUUCAUUACUGAGGAACCACCCCAAGAUAUGGAUGAGAAGAUGCGCUACAAGUAUCCAAAUUUGUCGUGUGAAUUGCUAACAUCAGACGUGUCACAAAUUAAUGAUAGACUUGGAGAAGACGAGUCUUUACUGAAAAGACUUUAUGGCUUUCUUUUAAACGAUUCCCCACUGAACCCUUUACUUGCUAGCUUUUUCAGCAAGGUCUUAAGUAUUUUAAUCAGCCGUAAACCAGAACAGAUUGUGACAUUUUUAAAGAAGAAAGAUGAAUUUGUCAACUUGAUAAUAAAACACAUAGGGACCUCUGCAAUUAUGGAUUUGCUGCUAAGACUUCUCACAUGUAUUGAGCCACCGCAACUCAGGCAAGAUGUGCUUAAUUGGCUAAAUGAAGAGAAGAUAAUCCAGAGACUUGUAGAGCUUGUCCACCCAUCUCAGGAUGAAGAUAGACAUUCAAAUGCCUCGCAAUCUCUUUGUGAGAUAAUUCGUCUGAGUAGAGAUCAGAUGUUACAGGUCCAAAACAGCCCUGAACCGGACCCAUUGCUUGCCACAUUAGAGAAGCAGGAAAUUUUAGAUCAGCUAUUAUCAAACAUCUUUUCAACUGAGAAGAAUGAAUCUACAAUAGUCAGUGCAAUCCAGAUAUUGCUUACUCUGCUAGAGACAAGAAGGCCAGCGUUUGAAGGACACAUAGACCUUUGUCCUCCUGGUGUGAAUCAUUCUAUAUUUUCAGUUAACAAAACUGUCCUGUCUGCUAUCCAGCAAAAACUUCCUUCCUUCCACCAACUUCUUCUGGACCAUCCAAAAGCUGAUAUCAUGAAAACAACUUGGGGAAUACUUGACCCUCCUGUAGGAAAUACAAGAUUAAAUGUUAUUCGGCUGAUCGCAAGUCUACUUCAGACUAAUACACACAGUAUCAAUCUGGAGUUUAUUGAACUGAACACUAUAGGAGUUAUUCUGGAUAUGUUUUUCAAGUACACCUGGAAUAACUUUCUGCACACACAAGUAGAGAUUUGCAUUGCAUUGAUUCUUGCCAGUCCUGGUGAAACAGCUGACUGUGUAAAUAGUGAGCCAAACACCGUUGGAGACCAUAUUCUAUUAAAACAUCUCUUCUCAAAAUGCCAAAUGAUAAAUCGAAUACUUGAAGCCUGGGCCAUGAAUGAAAGAACACAGUCUGAUGGAGGACAGCGGUACGGCUACAUGGGACAUUUAACAAGAAUUGCAAAUUGCAUUGUUCAUAGCAUAGAAAAAGGGCCCAACAGUAAACUUGCACACCAGCUCCUUAAAGAGUUGCCGAGUGACACUCAGGAAAGAUGGGAAGCUUUCUGCACAGGCUCCUUAGGAGAGACGAACAAGAGGAACACUGUAGAUCUAGUUACAACGCGGCAUAUCCACUCAUCUAGUGACGAUGAAAUAGAGUUUAAAGAUCCAGGCUUCUCACAGGAUUCUUCAAUUCAGCAGGCCUUUUCUGAUUAUCAGAUGCAACAAAUGACGUCCAAUUUUAUUGACCAGUUUGGCUUCAACGAUGAGAAGUUUGCUGACCAGGAUGACAUUGGGAACGUUGCGUUUGACCGUGUCUCAGACAUUAGCUUCUCUCUCAAUGCCAAUGAAAGCGCUAACAUAGCUUUGUUUGAAGCAUGCUGCAAGGAGAGAAUACAGCAGUUUGAUGAUGGAGGGUCUGAUGAAGAAGACAUCUGGGAAGAGAAGAAUCUUGCCUUCACUCAAGAGACUCAAAGAAGGUCUAGCUCAGGAAGCACAGACAGCGAGGAGAGCACAGAUUCUGAGGAGGAGGAUUCCGUUAAACAGGGAUUGUUUGAAUCAAGCACAGUAAACCAGGAAGACAAAAUGGAAGUUGAUGCAAAUGAAGCAAGCAACUGGCCAGCUACUUUUGAUACACCAAUGGACACCGCACACGUGGCAAAUCUAGAUUCUGUGGGAUCUGAUGUAUGGAGCACAGAGGAGCCUCUGCCUACAAAAGAAACUGGAUGGGCGUCCUUUUCAGAAUUUACAUCAAUCAGUCAAAAAGAUUCUGGAAGAAGUAACUCCCCUGUUGAAAUGGAGACUGGAACGGAACCAAUGGAUCCUUUAAGUGUUAACACGUCUGCACAAACCGAAAUUACAAUGGAUGCCAGCUCGGAUGGAGAAGAGGAAGUAGAAAAUGCAGAUCAAAUGACGGAGACUGUAAUGAAUGGCAGUAUGAAGGAAACACUGAGCCUUACUGUAGAUGCGAAAACAGAGACUGCCGUUUUUAAAAGAGUCUUGAAAUCCUAUUGUGAGGAAGGGAAAUUGUCUACCUCUCAUGAUCCAGCUUGUAAAUAUGUUGAGAACUGUGAUGCAGCUAUUGAAAACUCCUCUAUUUCACAGCCCAACAGUAGCAGCCAAGAGCAGAACAGGACAGAGCAGAUUCUGCUGGAUGGAGCAUCUGCAAAUGGCCCUGUAUGAUGUGAUACCUACUGUUUGUUGAAGACUACAAAGUGACAUCCAUUGGGGUUUUUCUGUGGUGUUACUUGAAGAUUUCAGCCAACUCCUGUCAAAGCCAGUCACUGCUGCACUAACUUUGCAAGGGAUCAGGACCAGCAACAUUAUAUUUUUGUUAUUUUAUUUUUAAUUUCCUUUUUUUAGAUUUUAAGGUGUUGUACAGACUUAAAAGUGUAAAAACAAAAAAAAAUGCACAUUGACCAGACUUUUUGUGUAUGUUUAUAUUGUAUUGUAUUCUUAAAAUUUGGUGCCCUGUGACAUAAGAACUCACCACUUCAGUAAUAGUGAUACUAUGGUUCAAAUGGUUGUAAAAAUAGUUUUUUUAUAAAAAAAAAAUGUAUACACAAAGCUAACGUAUUUGAAAGCAUAACUAUUUGACAAUUAGUGUGACCAAAGUAAUUUACCAUUUCUCAUACGUUCUUUUCCACUCUGUAUAAAGUUUUUUUGGGGGUGGCACCUGCCCCCCGACAGACAGACCUCUUCAACUUAAGUGUUCUAACUCUUUAAGUCCUAUAGGACCAUGAAACACGUGGCUCACGUUUUUGGCACUUAGAGGGUUUAUUGUAAUUAAGUUACUAAAAGUCAUUAAAACAUGGCUAUCGUUUGAACAUUUUGCCAAGUUUUGUACCUGGUAACAUCACCCUCCCUCCAUUCAGAUCAAAUGUCUUUUAGUAUUUUUACAUAUUUAUUGCUGCUUUGCUGGCAAAUUAUCAAGCCAUACAUUUUUCUGUCUUGCUUACAUAACAGGUAAGCCAUGAUUUUCAAUAUCCAUAUUUCUCACCUGCCAAAUUCAUCUUCUUGUCUUUUUAUGCACAGUGGGCUUUUUAUUUUGUUGAAUGAAAUUAUUGCACUGUUACAAUGCAGUGUACGUUUUUAUUUAAUUUGUUCAUUGCUAGAUAAACGCUUAAACUUUUUUGUUUGCUUGCAUUUGUGCAUGUCAGUUGUCUGUGCUGAUCUGUGACAUAAUUUUCAUAUAUAAAUGCUGUACAUUGGGGGAUUAGGGAUUGUUUUGUUUUUCCAUUUUUUUUCCCCCAGUAGUGUGCCUGCAUUUGAUUUAUACAUAGGUAGGUAGUAAUUAUGGAAGCCAAUUCGAUGUAACUUUUAAUGUUUCUUUACACGUUCCAUCUCCAGUCUGCCUUCGUAAUGCAGGAAAAGCAAUUUUUUGCUGCAGUAAAUUAUUUGCACACCUUUUUAUUUAUUUUAACUUUUUUUUUAAUGUAAAUCUAGUUUUCUUACCAAACUUGGUUCUCGUUGUUUGAGAAUUCCUCCCUGACCUGGUAUUUUAGGAAAAUAAAAGGAAACUGAGCCGUGGCCAACAAGUUUAGAUUUAGCUGCCCAUGCAACAUGCCUAAGCAUUACAUUGCAUACUACAUACAAUAAAAAGAAAUACGCUUUU